AUGGAGACUUACACGUCCAAACUCAGAACAAUGACGCCGGUCUUUCUCCUGAGCUUUCUUGUCCUGAUUCUGAGGACAGAGGCUCAGGUCCCUCAAGCUUGUGUCUUGAGUGAUACCAACAGACCUCCAGAAAACUCGGACAUAACUGUAGUGUGUGGCACCGAGUACAUGGACCUGAGCAUCUACAUCUGUCCGGUUUACCAAGCUCUUUACAACCAGUCUCUGAUGGUCCUCAACAAUGAGUUCAACAAACCUGAGUGCUUUGGGACUGCGAACAUGACCGCUGUCCCGCCAAUCUUAAAAUUCAAAAUCCCCUUGAAUGAAAGUGCCAUCGCUGCCUGCAACAGUAUCUUUAAGGUGACCACUGAGGUUGGAACUGGAGAGUUUGCCGACUUCUCAAAUGUCCAGUUCAUCAACAUCUCAGGCGUGAUUAAUUCUAUAGACCCGGCUGCCGGCAUGAUCACCUACAGGCCGCAGAUCAUGUACAUGUUCUCCUGUCGCUACCCGAUGCAGUAUCUCCUGAACAACACUGAAGUGGCUGUAUCAGGAGUCAAAGUCGCCAUGAGGGGAAACAAUGGCAGCUUCAUCAGCUCUCUGGAUUUAAAGCUCUACAAUGAUGAGCAGUACUUGGAACCUCUGGUAAUCCCUUCCACAGGACUCAAUCUGAAGACCAAGAUUUACGUCGCAGUUACAGCCACCAAUUUAACAGACAGGUUCAACGUGCUGCUGGAUAGAUGCUACGCGACAACAGAACCCUAUCCCGCUACAAACAGCUAUUAUGAUCUAUUUGUAGGGUGCACACGUGACGCACAGACCAAGUUGGACCUCAACGGGGUGGAUCAGAAAGCGUACUUCUCCUUUGAGGCCUUCCGUUUUGUGAUGCACAAAAACAAGACAGUUUCCACUUUCUACCUGCACUGCGUCACCAGACUCUGCGAGGUGUCCUCGUGCAGCAACUUCCUGCCUACCUGUGACGGCAGUAAGAGGAGAAAGAGAGAGAUCCAGGAAGUGUCCGACGCCGCCACGGUCACCUCGCCCCCCAUUGUUGUGGGCCAACAGGGCAGUGAGGAGCCUCGUCCAGCGACCUACGCUUCUCAAAUGUCUUCAGAGUACAACGAAAACAGAGCUACUGGCCUUGCCGUGCCAAUAGUUUUCACGGGGACUGUGCUGUGUUUGUCGCUGUUUGUGAGUUUCUCUCUGAAUACACCGGGAUGGCCUGGGUCACUCUGUCUCUGACGGAACUACUUUCUUGGUUUGCAGUCCGACGACUACAGCAGCCCCGUGGUGGCUGUGAUCAUCUGCAUCGUCAUCCUCACCAUCGUCGUGGUCGCUAUGGCCGCCUACGUCGUGUUGCACAACAGAAGAAAACCACUUAUCCAGUAACAGCUUCGGACUUAUCUCCUAAAC